AUGUCGCACCCAUACGAGACAGCCAACAGGCUGGGAAGUCGUGAACAACAGGAUGAACUUAGAGACAUCUUAGGAUUGAAAGAGGAGACUCUGACCAAUGUUGACCCGAUUCCUCGACCGUUAGGAGGGGGAGCGGGCCGUGUGAAGAAAUUUAGGACACCAAGCACACCAGUGACAGGUGCAUCCCCAGCUCCAGCUCCAGCUCCAGUGGUACAGCAACAAACGCUGCCCGCGACUCCACGAGGGUACCCCACUCUGGCCAGAUUCUAUGCGAGCGACAAGUCAUUCUUCUUACUACGGAGAUUCGACGAGCUUGCCGCAAGAAACCUAUUAUUCAUUCAGGAUGAGCUAUGCCAACUCGAAAGAGAUCUUCAAGCUGCUGAUCAAGAUGACACCCGUGCUGGGCCGCAAGGAUUACAGAAUCUUCACUCCCGGCGAGGCGAUCGGAAUCAAAGUAGAGCUGAGAUCAUGCAAAAGAUCAGAGAGAAAUUGACAAUAUAUCAGAAGUCAGUCCUAAGGCAAUCACAAAUGAUGCAGUUAGAGAAAGCGACACCAGACGCCGCCGACAGCCUUAUCAAUUGGCUAGAUGGAAUAAAGCCGACGACCGAAGUGGAGUCUCAUUUCGCUGAUGAUCCUGAAGACCUCAUUUCCUUGGGAGGCAUUGAGGAAGGCAAAGAGUACCUCGAAAGGUUUAUCGAGAAACAUUUCUCCCACUGGUUCACGAUCCCGACAGGCACCAGUUCUCGGCAUAUGGUCGAUCCUAACCUACAAUAUUACUCCUCUGAGUCCAUUAAAACGCUUGCGCGGGUUGUGAUUUCCGUCGCCGCAGUUCUCUUCCUUGCAGCCCCAACUGCAACUCUUUACUUUGUGCAGUCCGCGAACCUCAAAUUCUUAUUCAUUAUUAUAUACUCUGCUGGCUUUGCGUUUAUUCUCUCAGUGUGGACUAAGAGCCGGAGUUAUGAGAUUUUUGCUGCUAUGGCUGCAUAUGCAGCAUUCUUGGUUUUUUUCUUAGGUACAAUACCUGAAAGUUCCUCAUAA